AUGGAGUUUGAACUGAUGAAUCUGUCUAUAUUUCAUCCACGAAAAGACCGAUGUGUCUUAUGUGUUGCGUACGAUGCUGGUAAUGUAGCUGACGAUAUUUGGAUUACUCACAGGCAGAACAAAGAAACAGCCAGAUUAGAAAAAUCAAAGGAUAAAGCUUUGGCAUGGAAUGGAAGUGAAGGUGAUAAAAUGCUUGUUAUCACUAUGGAUUUGCAGGCUGUUUUGCUGUCACCAAAGUUACAAGCAUCAGCUUUAUACUAUAAAACUAAAUUAGCAGUACAUAAUUUUACAUUUUUCAAUUUAGUGACAAAUGAUGUAAAAUGCUAUGUUUGGCAUGAAGGGGAGGGUUCCUUGACUGCAAAUGAAUUUUCAUCGUGCAUUUUUGAUUAUUUGGUAGAGAAUGCAUUAGGCUUUGAUAUAAUUGUCAUCUAUAGUGAUGGCUGUGGAUAUCAGAAUAGAAACGUCACAUUGUCAAACACACUGCAAUAUUUUGCAAACAUUUAUAAGAAAAUGGUAGUACAGAAGUUUCUUGAACGUGGACACACACAGAUGGAGGUUGAUAGUGGUCAUUCAGUUAUCGAGAGAAAAUUAAAACACACCAAUAUUUAUUGUCCAGCCAAUGAUAUUGAACUUAUUCGUACAGCCAGAAAGAAUCCUCGUCCAUAUGAGGUCAAAUAUGUCGACCAUACGUUCUUUCAGGAUUUCAGCGAGGUUGGAACCAUGAAAUCAAUACGACCUGGAAAUCGUAUUGGAGAUCCCACGGUAUCAAAUCUUCGCUGUCUGAAAUACACUUCAGAAGAACCUAUUCAGUACAAGAUAAAGUAUACUGAUUCUUAUGCAGAACUUCCUGUACCUAGACGGACCAGUAUCAUACCAGGUGGAAAACUAAAGGCUUUAUAUUCGUCCAAGUUAAAGAUUAAAUCAUCGAAAUAUAAACACUUACAGGAAUUGAAGGAGGUUUUACCUAAAGAUUACCAUAAUUUCUAUGAUUCUCUUGAGCAAUAA